AUGAGUGCUGAAACACCGAUUGGCGCACAAGCUAGAAGCGGUGACAAAAAACGAUGGACGUUUGAUUAUCACCUUGGGGGAAACAGCUCUCUGAGGAGGUUUGAAAAAUCGAAUUCAGAUCACGAAGGAGCACCGGAUCGCGCCGGAAACAAGAACAAAAGCCGAAAUCACCAACUGCAACACUCAAAACCGGUUUGCGAAUCAGACGGCGAUGCUAUCAAGUGGCUGCACGCACACGAGGUGAGCAGUCCCCACUGA